AUUGACGUGGAGCUCUCCCGCCGCCAGGGCUUCUACUUUGGCGCCAAGCUAGUGCGAGGCGCCUACAUGGAACAGGAACGGCUGCGGGCGAAGACGCUCGGCUACGAGGACCCGGUCAACCCCAGCUACCAGGCGACCACCGAGAUGUACGAGCGCUGCCUCGACUUCUUCAUGGCCAACAUACUGGAGAGUGGGCUGAAGAAUAAGCGCUACGCCAUUAUGGUCGCCUCGCACAAUGAGGACACGGUCCGCUAUACCAUUAAGAAAAUGCAGGAGCUGGACAUUACGCCUGAGGAUCGCGUAAUCUGCUUUGGCCAGCUCUACGGCAUGAGCGACCAAGUGAGCUUCAAUUUGGGACAAUCGGGCUACUCGGUGUACAAGUACGUUCCCUACGGACCAAUCGACGAGGUCAUCCCCUACCUCUCGCGGCGGGCGCUGGAGAACCACGGCGUGCUGGCCAACUCGAAGAAGGAGCGGAAGCUGCUCGCCACCGAGGUCCUUCGCCGCCUCGCCACCGGGCAGAUCUUCCACCGACCGGUGGGCACGUAUCGGCCCAUCUAG